CGUAUUCACGCGUCGGGAAACAUUGUCGAAUGUUCGGAAGAAGCGCGACCACCGUCCCCACUCUGACACACUGUAACAGCCUCGAGAGGAAAACGAGCAAACGCUCGAAAGAAGGCGAAACGAGUCGAAGAAAUUGGUUCGAGAAGAAGCGCUGCUUAUCUUGCCGUUCCGCGAAUAAACGUAGGACGUGGGAGUUGCGGGCAAUUCGUACGCAGCAGUGUGUUUCCUUCGAACGACAUGUGAAAAUGUUAAGUUACCCUUGAAGAAGAACGCGAGGUGUAUCAACUUAGUGGUAUCGAGUGCGCGCUAAAGUUUUCCGCGAUUCCGACAGAGAUAUUCGGUCGGCGCAACGAUAAAUGCGAAUACCCUCGGUAGCCAAAAAUGUCCGUAAGGACCGGGAUAGAUCGCGCGCACGACGUAGGAAGUGAUCGAGGAUCGGGUGGAGCAAGGGUUAAUUAGGUGGGCCCAGGGCUCAGGUAUGGCCACUUGCCAUCCGAAGCCGACGAUUCAGCAGCUGCACCAGCUUCAAGAACCGAUCCAGCUCGGUCUUAGAUCGGUUAACAACCUCGUCGCUAAUCCGGGACAGAAGUCUGUCCAACGGACCCACUACUCGCCGCAUUUGCUCAAUUGGAUCUAUCUCGCGAUCGCCGAUCACAAUGUCCCGUCGCCGGAUCAGAGCAAACUGCUGCCGGGUAUCUGGAACGGAUUUCCAGCAACCAGGUCGCACAGCUAUUUGCAACGGGUUCAAACGCUCGGCUCCUCCGCCGGGAUAGCGAGUAGUUUCACGGAGAACAUCGGCGACGAUCUUGCGGAUCGUUUCACGGAUCUCAGCCUGUUGGACAGGAAGCCGACGAAAAGACCUCCGCCCAGUUAUCUUUGCCACCUCUGCUUCAACAAAGGUCACUACAUCAAAGAUUGUCCACAGGGACGGCCGAAGGGCGAGGGUCUGACGCCGUACCAGGGGAAGAAACGUUGCUUCGGAGAGUACAAAUGCCCAAAGUGUAAACGCAAAUGGAUGUCGGGCAACAGCUGGGCCAAUAUGGGCCAAGAAUGUAUCAAGUGUCACGUAAACGUCUUCCCUCAUAAACAGAGGCCGCUGGAGAAACCGGACGGAUUGGACGUGUCCGACCAGAGCAAAGUUCAUCCACAGCACCUAUGCCAAAAAUGUAAAACUCUCGGUUACUAUUGUCGAAAAGACCAAUAAAGCCGACUUCUAUUUUU